AUGCCCCCGAAGAGCGCACAAGACAACAUGGUGCCCGAGGCUCAAGGACUCCAAUACAGCAAAUUCGAAAUGACCCUUUUCCUGACUCAACUAGCGUGGAGAUCCACGUAUGACGAGCGCAUGGCUUCGCAAGAUUCCAACCUGACUUCGGUCACCGAAGCCCAAGGCCAAAUCCUCAAGCGAUGGAAAGCUUUAAUGGACAGUGAAAAGGAAUUGGCAGGCAAGGAGGAAAAUUUCUCCCCAGGUGUCAUGAGAGAACUGGCGGUUUAUGAGUGGCGAUACAAAAGACUGGAAGCUACAAUGGAUGCACCUCAGAAAGGAUGA